AUGAAGAGAAAAGUUCCCAACUCGAUCGACUCAACCGAUCUCAUCCUCGAGAUACUCUCGAGAUCAUCAGCUAAAUCAGUUUCUAAGUUUCGUCGCGCCUCCAAAUUCUGGGAGUCAACGCUUCGCCAUCAAUAUUUCACAGAGUUGUUCCUAACCAGAUCAUCAGCUCGACCACGUCUCUUAUUCUCCCUUGAAAACUCCAAUGACUUGAUCUUCUGCUCAUCUCCUCAGUUUCAGAAUCCUCCUCACGAAUCGUCUCUUGUAGUAACCGCGGAGUUUCACAUAAGUUUCCCUGCAGAGUGGCGCUUACAAAACUGUUGUCCUGUCUCUGGACUGGUCUAUUGCCCUAGCUCACGGCUCUCAGUGGAUAGGUUACCUGUGAUAUGUAACCCUAGCACGGGACAACAAGUAAGUUUACCAAAACCUAAAACUACUAAGGCAUUGGUGCAUAACUUUUUUUGGUAUGAUCCGGUUCUAAAAAACUUCAAGGUCGUGUGCAUGAGCCAUGAUAAAGACGUUGCAGUCGAGGAGUCUUGGAUCUUGGCACUAGGAACUGGAACGUGGAGGUUAAUAAAAGGGAGACUUGGCCAUUAUCCUUUAUCUAAAGGGAUAUGUGUCAAUGGUGUUUUGUACUAUAUAGGUCGCCGAGUAGCAGUUAAUAAUACUGUGGUGAUAGCUUGCGUUGAUUUUAAUAAGAUGAGAUUAGCAUUGAUUCCGGAAGUUAAUGGCAUUUCACUUUGGUCAAGGCCUAGCGUUUUGGUUAAUUACAAAGGCAAGUUAGGAGGGAUUCAGAGUGAGUGGAGUGGUGGUAAUAAUGUUGAUGGAAGGCUUAGCCUUGUGUUGACUUUAUGGGUUUUAGAGGAUUUCAAGAAAAGGAUGUUUUCGAAACGUGUUUACAAUUUGCCUGAAUUGUGGGAGAAUCGAAACGUUAAUGGAUCAGUUUCCAUCGCUGGAGUGACUGGUACGGGUGAAGUGGUUUUGUCGAGGGGGUAUACUUCUAACCCAUUCUAUGUUUACUACUUCAAUCUUGAUACCUACACUGUUCAAAGAGUUGAGAUCCAAGGAUUUGAAGCGCUUGAGAGAUAUAGAGUUCAAGCCUUUGUAGACCAUGUUGAGGAUUUAAAGUUUCUAGCAGCGAGCUAG